AUGUUCUCAUGUAAUCUCUAUGUGCCGAUUCAUAAAAAAAUAAUUAUAACGCAUUACAUUCUACUCAAAAAAACUAUUCAAUUUUUGUCAUUUUUUAAUAUUUCCAAAAACAAGUGAAAUAUAACGUUACUUGAUGAUAUUCAAUAUAAAACAACAAUGGAUGAUAGGGAAAAAUUACAAUGAAAAUGAUAAGUUUAUACACAUAAAAUAUUUAUAUUCCCUAUAAUAUAUAAGAUUAUGAAUAUAUAAUAUAAAAUAUAUAUAUUACAACAUAUAAAAAUUGGAUCGAAUAGAUUUUUGUUAAGAUUUUUAAUAAAUAGAUUAGGCAAAAAAAGAUAAUAAAGAUAAUCGAAUAUUUCUUGAAUUUUGAAUUUUCAUCAUUUCUUUUUUCAAAAUUACAAUGUAUCUUACUUUACAUAAAUCUACAAGAUAUUCUGUAUAUAUUUAUUUCAUUUUUUAUCUAUAAUUUCAUAUUGAAAUUUAUUUUUAAUUCAAAUUAUUAUAAAAAUUGCAAUCUUAUUUUCAGCGAAUGAUAUCGAAAAUGAUAAAAAAUCGUAAAAAUAUUCUUAUACCUCUGAAUAAUAUAAAAAAUUUUGCGGAAUGUUAAAUCUACUUUAUACUUCGUCUAUGCUUCUGAUAUGUGUCCAUAUAUGUAUAGAAUUUGUAAUUGUCAAUGUUAAAUAUUCUCUUUUUACAAUUACAUAUGAUUCAUUUUAUUUAUUUCAUAUAUAAAAAAUAAUAUAAUGAAGUUCUUAGAAUUAACACGUAUAUUUUCACUUAUUUUAAUGGUAAAUAUUGUAUCAACGGAAUUUUCAGCUGAUGAUUGUAAAAGUUUAGGCUUUAAUAAAGCUAAUUUACUUUGUUCAACUUGUGAGGAAUUUAAUAAACAUAGUUUAACUGAAAUACUAAAUAAUUGCAAAGAAUGUUGUUUAAAAGAUGAUGAUUAUGAUGCGUCUGGAUUAAAACGGUAUCCACGUGCUGUUCUCGAAGUUUGUACAUGCAAAUUUGGUGCAUAUCCUCAAAUUCAAGCUUUCAUAAAAAGUAAUAGACCUAAUAAAUAUAAAAAUUUACAAAUAAAAUAUGUUAGAGGUUUAGAUCCAAUAAUUAAAUUAUUUGAUGCAGACAAUAAAGUUGAAGAUAUUCUAGAUAUACAUAAAUGGGAUACUGAUUCUGUCGAUGAGUUCUUAGCAACUCAUCUUUCUAUGGAUUAACAUCAAUGUAUUUAAUGAUAUAAUAUAUUAAACAUUAUUUUAUUAUAAAUUUUAAAUAAAAUGUAAUAAUAAUAUGUUUUUUUUAUAAUUAUAUAUAAUUUUAAAAGUAA